AUGUGGAUGCCCACAGCAGCUACCCAGUUACUUUCCACAAUGGAAUCAGCAAGUCUGCCUCUGGCUUUAGUCAUUGUGUAUCUGUCAUCUCUACUGCUGCUGACCGAAGCCAGGAUGACUCUGGGCUGUGAGUUCCCUGAAAGACCUGCUGAGGAGGGAGAUGUUCAUUCUCUUUGUCUCAACUUCACCGUCCAGUCUCAGUCCCGCCCUGAGCAGCCCUGGUGUGCCGUUCAGGGCUCAGUGGACAGAGAGAAGUUCCUCCAGUAUGACAGUGACAGCGACAAGGCCAGACCUGUGGGUGUCCUGGGGGAGGAGGUGAACACCACUAGGGCAUGGACAGAGUUGACCCAAACUCUGGGAGAAGUGGGGCGCGAGCUCAGGAGCCUCCUGUCUGGCAUCACACUGGAGAAAAAGGAGCCCGAGGGUCCUCUCAGGCUGCAGGCCGAGCUGCUUUGCCGGCGUGAAGCAGAGCAGUGCGCCGGUGCGUCCUGGCAGUUCAGCAUCAAUGGACGGACAGCCCUCCUCUUAGAUGCAAUGAGCAUGACCUGGACCAUACUCAGCCCUGGAGCCAGAGGGAUCAAGGAGGAGUGGGAGAGCGACAGGGGGCUGGCGGAGUAUUUCAGGAAGAUCUCUGUGGGAGACUGCAACCACUGGCUCAGGGAGUUCUUAGAGCUCUGGGAGACGAUGCUGGAGCCCACAGUGCCACCGUCAAAGACCCCAUAUACCAACCAGUCUUCCUCCACCACAUUAAAUGCAUAUGUCGUGCCCAUCACCAUCCCAUGUAUCGUGAUCGUCAUCAUCAUCAUCAUCAUCACGUGCUCUUUGGCGUUUGGGUGUUCACCAGGAGGUGUCACGGAAGGAGAGGAGCAGGCUGGCCCCUUGCUCUGAGACCUUAAAAGACCGGGCUAUCGAAUUAAGGAGAUUGGCAGCACCAUGUCCGGCAGAAAGAAAACUGAUGAUUCCAUAAUCCUGCAG